UGCAUGCAUAGCAGAAAGAUUGAUAGGCUAGUGUAAAAUGCACUUAAUUUUUUCUAUAUACCGAAGGUGAAAGUGAUAGUAAUUUUGUGGAAAAGAUACAGAAGUUUAAUAAUUAAACAACGCAUUAACAAAAUUAAGAUUUACUUUCGUAUUAGGUUUCCCCUUCACUUGGCUGAUUGUGUCGUAGUUGCUGUUCCGUUUAUUAACGUUUCGUGAAUUGAUAACUGCUUUUGGGGGCUGCUAUCCACACAUUGUUGUGUGUGCAGCGUGAACAUUUGUUGUUGUGCGGUUGCAAGAUGACUGACGUCUACGACGGCAACGGUGACUACGCAACAUACAACGAUGAUGAUGACUAUGGCAAGCAACGCAAAGGCGGUUGUGUACCGGGAGUAGAUCCUCAUAAUGGUGAUAGCUCAAAUCAUGAUCUACACCAUCAUGUUGGCGGAGUUGUUGGCAGCGGUGGUGGAGGCGGAGUCGUCGGUGGUGGAAUGGGAAUGAUGGGAGGCGGAGGUGAAGGUGGUCAAUUGAACGAUAAGGCGAACGAAUACAUUCGCGAUUGCAUGGCGGAGAAAAAUCGUAUGGAUAGAAAGUUUCCAAUUGCCGAAAAAUUAAUGGACUGUGAAAUCGAGAAGGUCCAAUCGAUGGGUCGCAUACCACCACGCGAACAAAAAUAUGCGGAUAUUUAUAGAGAAAAACCUCUUCGUGUUUCUCAAAAGGUUUUGGUGCCAAUUCGGGAACAUCCCAAGUUCAAUUUUGUUGGAAAAUUAUUGGGACCAAAAGGAAAUUCCUUGCGGCGGUUGCAAGAGGAGACGCUUUGCAAAAUGACCGUACUAGGACGCAAUUCAAUGCGUGAUCGCGCGAAGGAAGAAGAAUUGCGUUCGUCAAAAGACCCGAAAUAUGCACAUUUGAAUAGUGAUUUACAUGUGGAAAUCUCUACAAUCGCUCCACCGGCAGAAGCUUAUGCACGUAUCGCCUACGCAAUGGCCGAGCUACGCAAGUACUUAAUACCUGAUAGUAACGACGUUAUACGACAAGAACAACUAAGAGAGUUAAUGGACAAUACAGGCAUUUCAGACGAUGUCACUAAGUCAGCUUAUAAAAAAAUAUCGCAUCAGCCGCCUAGUAGUAAUCUUUCUGGCGGUGGUGUUGGUAGUGCUGGUGGCGGUUGUGGCACUGGCGGUGUUUUAGGUGGUGUUGGCGGUACGAUGGGAGCAGGAGCUGGUGGUACCAAUAUGUCAAUGGGUAAAGGGGCGCCACAUCAUGCAUACAGAACCCCACAAUCCACGCAAAAUUUGCAAUUUAAUAAAAAUACGGUAGCACCUAAGCAAAAGGUUUUGUCCAUAUUAGAGAAGGCUCGAACUGCCAUGGAAGAAACAUAUGGACGCGGCUACGAAGACCCGAUCUCAUAUGAACAACCCAAUUACGAUGCUUACCCCUAUGGCCAUGGACCGAAUACUCAUGCACAUACUGGGCAUGUGCCAAGUAAUACCGGCAUAGGCACUGCAAAUAUGGCACCGCGUGGCCCCUAUGAUGUUACCGAUUAUGAAACUGAUUACAAUAGAAGAGACUAUUAUCCCAAUUCGUCGAAUUUCGGAGGUGGCGGAGCUUCGACUAUGCAUUCAAAUCACAACACUGGCAUAAACCCGAAUCAUAAUCGAAGCCACGUUAAUAGGUGAAAUUCGUUCGCUAAACUAC